UCCCACAAUGCACUUGGGUAUUCCAACAACAAGGAAGUGUUAAAAGGCUGGUUUAAGAAAGUAUAGUUUCAUUUAAAAAAUCUGAUCCCAAUGGAAGCGCCAACGGAGAAGCUCAGCGAAUCGCUUGUCAUUCGUAGCCUUAAACGUUUCAGAGAUCGAUUACUUUCCAACACCUGUCAACUAGGAAGUGAUUCGAAUCAAAGUCCGAAGAUUCCGGUGGAGGAUGCAUCUCUUCUAGAUAGAAUACCGGUGGACGUACAGUUUCUGAUCCUGACGCUUCUUCCUCCUGAGGACAUCUGCCGGCUAGGAGCUACCAGUCGCUACUGGAGGGCUCUGGUUAGGGAUCCAUUACUAUGGAAAUACUUUCUGCUCCGGGAUAUGCCUCAUUGGUCCUCCAUAGAUCACGUGACAAUGCCUAAACUAGAAGCCCUGGCAUCUGACAUCUGUAGCAAUGACCUUCAGCUGGAGGAAAGAGUGGAGGGUGAAGAACAGGACAACGUUUCAAAAUAUGACUACAUGGCAGAGUACAUGAAGGGCCAUCCCGCCUGCAGACAAAAAUGGCAGUUUUCAAGACCCCCAUAUGAGGUGGUCACUUCCUUCCUCACCUCCUUGCUACCGUCUUCUGAGCCACGCUACGCCAUGUUCGGGCCCGGUAUUGAACAGCUGGAUGUCUCCAUGGUGACGAGGCUCAUGCACGCUCCAGAUGUGCUGCCUGUGGCUGCCAUUCCCAGUGGGAGACAGAUAAAUGGAAUUGGCUCAGGAAUCAGUUAUACAUACAACCAUCAACACAAACUAAACAUCUUGACUCUCUACUCAACCAAUAGGGCUGAGAGGGAUCGAGCCAGAGUCGGCCAGUACAGCGUCAAUGAUAAACUCUUCACAUCAGAAGACACGGAUCCACCAAGCUGUCCGAUGUUUAUCCCCAACCCUCAAGUGCAGGAAGUGUGCCAAGCAGUGAGCGGCUUUAUCUACGUAGCCAAUGCAGAGCCUGGGCAAGGUGAUGGGACGGUAGAGGCCGCCAAGAUCCAGGCAAUGUUGAGCCCUGCCUGGGGUUCCACGGCCAGGCCUCUCCUGGUGCUCUCCUGUGUGUCCAGAGAGCGACUGAAGGAAGAGCUGGAGACCGAUGCGGCCUUGAGAACCACCCCCACUGGGGCAAGGUGUAGAACCCCCAGUGUUGAGAUGGCCCAGAGACUGAGACUGCCACAGCUGCCUAACCCCUGGAUGGUACAAGAUACUGUGGCGGAAUCUCUUUCAGGUCUGCUGGAUGGCAUCUCCUGGUUGCUACGCUACUCUGGCCUGAGAAUCUAAAGCAUCCUGAAUAUUCUAUUGUGUUCUCAGAAUCUAGUCAGUUCCCCCACUGAUCACGGUCUUCAUCAAAUAAAGGUGUAGGGUGAAUGUAAGCUUUAUGAGCUCAUAACAGUUGAUUAAUGUUUUUAAUGUUUUAUAUGUAUGAUAUAUAUAGUUUUUAUGUUAAACGAAUGUGUUAUCCAAAUAAAAUGUGUCUAUAUCUA